AUGCAGUCUAAUGACGAGGGGUUUCUUGACGAUCUAUUGAAGAAAGUAACCAACAAGGAUCUCAUUCUCGCUGAUGACUAUUCACGUCUAACGUGCUUGUUUACACCUACCACUGCAUCUUCAACGCGGGCAAAGGCCUUCCUGGUUCUGUCGUCAAUAUGUGAACGUCACAGGCAAUCGCCUCAAGUGUCAACCACUGAGGAUGAAUUUGGAACAAAUACGAUACUCAAUUUGUUCCUGCCGAGCGUGGAGGGUAGACUUGCAGAAGUAGAAGAGCAACCUCUGGUCGAAGUUCUUUCGUUCGUCGCUGCGCUCUUUGCCGUUGACUGGCGCGUAGCCUCAGCAAUAUUUAUCCGCGACGGGUUUCAAGACUCGAUGGUGGAUUCAUUAGAUCUCUUCCCUUCAGCUACAGCCAUUUCAUCUGUUGUUGCCAAUGUAUUAUCAUCGGCUUGUGGCUACAAGCCUUGCCGAUCGUCCUUAUCACCUCGUUGUUCUGCCUGGCUGGAAUCCACAUUUCGUCAUACGACGGACGUAAAGCUGAAAGCUACUGUAUCUCUGGCUGUUUUGAAGUCCUCACAAGGACGUGACACGGAAGGUGUGGAUGUUGGUGGAAUCACGGCUGAAACCAGUGAAGCAGAGCUGAAGACGGACGACUUGUAUAAAUCUAUGCGCGAUAUUAUCAUGGGCACAGAAAGUAAUACUCGAGAUAUGGUGGACGUGGUAGAAUCCUUGGUGUAUCUCAGCACCAAGCCUUCCAUAAAGGAACAAAUUGUAGAAGACGAGGGACUAAUUAACAAGAUUAUCUCCUUCCGUUCUUUGCAGCGGAAAAGGUCUUCAGCGGAAGACUUUGGAACAUUGCCAUUCGGGUUGGCUGCUUUGAUUGCAAACCUCUGCUCGUAUCGUCCGCGCUUAACAGAGGAGCAGGCUCAGAUUGAACGGUUGAAGCAAAUGGCUCAAUCCAAAUCUGCUGGCUCGAAAAAUCUCGCUGCUUUAGAGGCGAAACUUGAUGACGACGAGCAUGUUAGACAGAGAGGGAAGCAUCUGGUCGCUUGUGGUGCGUCCGACCUCCUAGUUGCUAUCUCCCGAGCAUCGGAAAGUGCGAGUACGAUGGCGAUGGUCGGAAGAGCAUUCUUGGGUCUUACAGCGGAUAAAGACAAUAGAGGGCGGAUACUGCAGUCGGGUAGUGCAAAAGUCUUAAUGACUAUCAUACGCGCCUCGCAGCAGGCGCCCAAUGCACAGUCUGCAAGCACAUUGGCGAAAGCGAACAUGGAAUUUUCCGACUUGCUAUCUAUACAAGCACUAGCGAAACUCGCCAUCACUGCUUCCCCCAUGCAAGUUUUCGGACCAAAUGAAAACAACUCCAUCGAGGCGAUAAAGCCAUUCUCGUGCCUGCUUCUGCAUUCCUCGUCGACUCUGUUACAGAGAUUUGAAGCGAUUAUGGCUCUCACGAACCUUGCGUCAGCUGGCCCCGAACUAGCGAAUCGGAUUGCUCAGGCUGAAGGUGUUUUCAGCAAGUUGGAGUUCCUGAUGUUGGAGGAACACCGAUUAGUGAGACGUGCCGCCACGGAACUGAUUUGUAACCUUGUGUCGGGGAGCGAAAUGGCCUUCAAUAGGUUUUCUGGCGAUGGAGAUGGCUCGCCUGAGUCCUCGGGCUCCCUCAACCAAUCGAAAUCCCGGUUACAUAUUUUGAUUGCUCUUGCGGAUGUUGACGACGAGCCAACAAGAUUAGCUGCAUCUGGAGCACUCGCCGUGCUGACGAGCUCACCAACAGCUUGUAAACUGGUGAUGCUACUCGAGUUCGAGCAUCACCGUGUUUUCCCUGUUCUAAAGCAGUUAAUCUAUCCCGAGCAAGACGAGGAAGAGCAUGAUAGUGGGGAAUCGCAUCCUAAUCCUGGUCUCGUCCAUAGGGGAGUUGCACCCUCGAAGAAGGCCGGAAAGAAGGGCGCAGCCGCCGCUCCGAAGAAGGCAGCGGGAGGAGGAGGCACCAAAGCAAAGUUCGUUAAGGCGGACUGGAGAGAAGGGUUCAAGAAGAAGCAAGUCGGCGUGUCCGAUAUGACUCUGCUCACGAAGAUCACCAAUGAAGCCGUGAAUGAAAACCUGGAAAAGAGGUGGAAGAACGGCGAUAUCUACACAUAUAUUGGCUCCGUCUUGAUAUCUGUAAACCCUUUCAAAGAUCUGGGAAUCUAUACCGACACUAUCCUCCAGAGCUACAAGGGGAAGAACAGACUCGAAGUGCCACCACACGUGUACGGCAUUGCUGAAUCUGCCUAUUACAACAUGAACGCCUACCAUGAGAAUCAGUGCGUUAUUAUCUCAGGAGAGUCCGGAGCAGGCAAGACAGAAGCAGCAAAGCGGAUUAUGCAGUAUAUCGCUGCAGUAUCAGGAGGGGCGGACAGUAGCAUCCAAGAAAUUAAGGACAUGGUGUUAGCAACCAACCCUCUCUUAGAGAGCUUCGGGUGUGCCAAGACGCUCCGUAAUAACAACUCGAGUCGACACGGGAAAUACCUUGAAAUCAUGUUCAACGAACGCGGUGAGCCCAUUGGUGCUCAAAUCACGAACUACCUGUUGGAAAAGGGCCGUGUCGUCGGUCAAAUUGACAAUGAGAGAGACUUCCACAUUUUCUACCAGUUUACCAAAGCCGCUUCACCAGAGCAACGAGAGAGUUUCGGGAUCCAGGGACCGGAGUCGUACGCCUACACAAGCCGAAGUGGGUGUCUCGAUGUCCAGGAUAUGGACGAUGUCAAGGACUUCAGCGAUACAAUUAGAGCAAUGCAAGUCAUCGGCCUGAGUCAACACGAACAGUCUGAGAUAUUCCGCAUGUUGGCUACCGUCCUUUGGCUGGGAAACGUGCAGUUUACAGAAAAAGACGACGGGAACUCGCAAAUUGCGGACUCAAGCGUGACAGAGUUUGUCGCUUAUCUGAUGGAGGUUGAUUCUGCAAUGGUUGAAAAGGUUCUAACAUCGAAGAUCGUGGAAACACAGAGAGGUGGUCGAAGAGGAUCGGUCUAUGACGUUCCGUUGAACCCAGCUCAGGCGAAUUCCGGUCGAGAUGCUUUAGCUAAGGCAAUUUAUAACAACUUGUUCGAGUGGAUCGUUUCCCGUAUAAACGUCUCAAUGAAGCCUCGUUCGGCGACUGCCCAGUUGAUUGGUAUUCUUGACAUUUUCGGUUUUGAGAUAUUUGAAGACAACUCCUUUGAGCAACUAUGUAUAAACUAUGUCAACGAGAAGCUGCAACAGAUCUUCAUCGAACUCACUCUGAAAACAGAGCAGGAGGAAUAUGUCCGUGAACAAAUUAAAUGGACGCCCAUCAACUACUUUAACAACAAAAUCGUAUGCGACCUCAUUGAAGAAAGACGACCUCCAGGAAUCUUCGCCGCGCUAAACGAUGCUUGUGCAACUGCUCACGCCGACCCAACAGCUGCAGAUAACAGUUUCAUCCAGCGACUUUCUGCGCUUUCUUCGAAUCCCCAUUUCGAGCCACGCGGAGCUCAGUUUUUGGUCAAGCACUAUGCGGGUGACGUGAUGUACAAUAUUCCCGGCAUGACGGACAAGAACAAGGACACUCUCGUGAAAGAUCUUCUGGACCUCGUUGCUUCCAGUAGCAACAAAUUCUUACAGGGAUUGUUCCCUGAUCGACCAGAUCCGAACAGCAAAAAGAGACCUCCAACUGCAGGUGACAGGAUCAAGCAAUCGGCAGGUGCCUUGGUAGAAAACCUAAUGCGAGCCCAACCAUCGUAUAUUCGAACAAUCAAGCCAAAUCAGAACCGAAGCUCGACGGAGUACGAUACAAAAGCUGUUUUGCAUCAGAUCAAAUAUCUUGGAUUGCAGGAGAACAUUCGUGUCCGACGCGCUGGUUUCGCAUAUCGUAACACGUUUGAGAAGGUCGUCGAACGGUUCUAUUUGUUGUCGCCAGCUACGUCGUAUGCUGGAGAUUACAUUUGGACUGGUGACUCUAAGUCAGGUUGUGAACGAAUCUUAAUUGACACUGGUAUUGCGAAGGAAGAAUGGCAGAUGGGUGUGACGAAGGCAUUCAUUAAGAAUCCGGAAACGUUGUUUGCUCUGGAAACAAUGCGAGACCGGUACUGGCAUAACAUGGCGGCUCGAAUUCAGCGUGCGUGGAGGAACUACCAACGCUACAGGAACGAAUGUGCCACACGUAUUCAGCGAUUCUGGAAGAACAACAAGGAGAGUAUUGCCUACGCCCAGAUCCGGGACUAUGGCCACCAGAUUCUGGCUGGAAGAAAAGAACGCAGGCGUUUUAGUCUUCUCAGUUAUCGACGGUUCAUGGGAGACUACCUUGACCUUAACGGCAAGAGUCCAUUAGGUGAGGAACUGCAUGAAGUCUGUGGUCUCGCCUCGGGCGAGAAGGUUGCAUUCAGCUGUCGUAUCCAGCUCCUCGUUUCCAAGUUUGGCCGAUCGAGCAAGCCGAGUCCACGUUUCUUAGUCGUGACGGGAAAGGCUGUUUAUAUCUUGAUCACUACUGCCAAGGACGGAGAAACCAUUACCAGCCUGGAGCGUAAGAUUCCCUUGAUCACAAUCAAGAGCAUUGCCCUGUCCAAUCUUCGUGAUGACUGGGUUGCCCUGAACUGCAACAUCUCAGAAGAAGGGGAUCCUGUUUUCAGCUGUGCUUUCAAGACCGAACUAGCCACUCACCUGUUGCAACAAACAAACGCAAGUAUCAAUGUUCUCAUUGGUCCGAUUAUCGAUUACGCCAAAAAGAAAGAAAAGCGAGCCCAGAUCAAGUUUGUCAAAGAUGAGACCGUUCCUCGAGAUGACGUUUAUAAGAGUCAUACCGUGCAUGUCCCGUCCGGUGAGCCGCCAACAAGCCAGUCUCGCCCUGCGGCGAAACGCAAACCGGGUGUGGUGAGGCCAAUAACUCAGGGUAAAUUGCUCAGGGCGGGAGGACCUGAUAAACCGAAGCCGGUUUCGAAGCCGAGACCUGCACCUCAAGCGCUGCCAGGUAAAGCAGCAGCGCCUCCGCCAUCGAUCCGCCCAACUCCUCCUGCACCUACACCAGCAGCAGUACCAGCUCCAAAGGCGCCAAUCCAUGCAGCUAACGGCGUGCCUCCUCCACCGCCCCCACCUCCUGCGUCCGGCGUUUCUGCAAUUCCUAAGCCUCCUCCGGCUCCUGGUAAGACGAUGGCAUCUCCAGCUCCUGCACCUCCUGGUAAAACGACAGCUCCUCCACCGCCCGCACCUCCUAGUAGACCAGCGGCACCUCCACCACCUCCACCCUCAGCCGAACCGGAUGUGGAAAUGUACAAGUCCAAGUUCGCAUUUGAAGGCCAAGAGGGUGAGAUGUCUUUGCAGAAGGGUGACCUCGUGGAGCUUGUCGAGAAGGAUGAUAACGGUUGGUGGCUUGUGAAGAAGGACGGUGAAGAGGGCUGGACUCCGAGUAAUUAUCUCGAGCUUGUACCUCCGAAACCGAAAGCCGCGCCUGCACAUCCACCUCCACCGCCGGCUAGUCGUAGACCACCUCCUGCACCGACUCCGGCAGCUGCUGCUACUCUAGCAGCACCCGCUGUAGCAAAGACUCCACUGAAAUCAGUUAUGGCGGAUGCUCAUGCGAAGCCCGUCGCAGUCUUCCCUGGUAUGCUACCCGCAAAUGGAUCAGCGGCUCCAUGGAAGAAAAACACGUCUACUGCCACUGCUGAUGAAUCCAACGAAUCGAGUCCUGCGAGCUCACGUCCGUCAAGUUCACUGGCGACGAAGCCACCUCCUGUUGCAGCGAAGCCAAAGCCGGCACCACCGCCUAUUGCCAAUAAACCGAAAGUUCCGGGUAAACCGCCUAUUCCUUCUGCUCCCCGGCCAGUCUCUGGAGUCCCAACUAUGCCACCUCGCCCUGGAGGCGGAGGAGCGAGGAUUCCAGGUGCUGCUGGUGGGCAAAUGGACCUUGCAGCUGCCCUCGCUAAGAGGGCACAACGUAUCGCGGAUGAUGAAUGAAUGAAUAUAGAUUCUUCUAUUCUUCUAUACCACAAUGAGCCGUUGCGCUCAAAUAUGUAGAUUCUUUCUCUAUGAGUGUAUAAUC